GCAUAGCUUUAUAAGUUUACAAAAAGCUUUGACUAUCUAUCGAUGAAUCGAUUGUGUUAAAUGAGUUGUCUUAAAAUUUUUAAAAAGUAGAUUUAAAUUCCUUUCAUUUAUGAAAGCCUCCAUAGAUAUUGUUAUUUUAUUUUUAAACCACCCUGUAUGGUACUGGAUUGUAUAGCCAACUACUACCCCCUACUUUAAGAAUGGCGGCAGUUUAAGAACUCAAAAAAAAUAUUGACAAAGUGGCCGACGACGUGACACAGCAAAUUCAAUUUGCAAUAAAAGUGUGCAAGAAUCGUUUCAGAGGAAAUAAUGGCAACGGAAAAAAGGAAGUAGAACUGCAAACAAGGAUCAAGUGAAGUCGUGCAGCAUGGAGGUGGCAAUCUGUCGAUAACUGGUUGCCUGUGGGAAAGUUAACCUAAUCCGGAGACCGACACCGAAGUCCGGACGAGAGCAUUACACAUGUGGGACAUGAGUUUAUCUGGCGAAUUUAGGACCAGACUUCCCCGCUAAUUUGUCAGCGAAAAGUUUCUUUUAUUUUUGGCCAAGUUCCCCAUGGAAACUGAGAUUCGUAAUCCCUGGUGUCGGCAGCUGGCAAACUUGGCAGACUCCAACUCGGAAAUCUCGACGGCGAGCAGAGGGACAUUUUAUGCAAAUGAAAAAUUGCCCGGCAUUUGCAUUGGCAAGCAGCAGAGCGGGAGCAUCACACGAGAAAAUGGCGGGGAAAAAGAGAGCUGCCAUUUUUCCCAUUUCAAUCCGCCUCUUUGCCUUUUUGUCCUGCAGGCAGCUCAAAUCACUUCCGUUCUGCGCACAGGAAAUGAGCAGCCAUAUUGCCUGCCUAGACUGACAAAUGCAAGGACCCCCGGCUUGCUCAUCCUUGGUGAGCCUGCCACGAUUAGUGAUGGCACCUCGGCGAGCUAAGUUUAUUAUUAAAACCAUAUUGUAUUGCACGACUAUACUUUUCUCUCUAUAAGUAUUUUG